CAGCUGAAAAUUUGUCAACAAUAGUUUAAUUUGACCAAACGAAUUGAAGCGUUACCUAGUGUAAGAGACCUUUACCGAAUAUAAUUCGGCCUUUGGGUAUUUUUCAAGCUGCCAUCAUUAGCAUUUUAGAACAUUGUCAAAAUGAAUGUGACACUUGCUGUCAAGCAGUAUAUCUCCAAAAUGAUAGAAAACAGCGGACCAGGAAUGAAGGUUCUGCUCAUGGAUAAAGAGACGGUAAGUAAUGUAGCUAGAAUGGUUACAAUGUAGUGGUUCUAACGAUGUACAGUGGUUACAAUGUAUCAGGUUACUUUAGUUGAUAUGCAUUUUCUAUCAGAGACAGACACAUUGAAGGAAAAUAACCUUGAAUUAUUCAACAAUUCCUGAGAAAUGUUAAUAAUAUAGAUAGGAGAACCAAGUUUUUGAUAAUGUCAUACUGUCAGCAGCUACUUCCAUUGGAAGAUGCAUAGGAAAAACAGAGGUGGAUACAAAAAUGUGGAUAGGCCUGCAUAAUCUGGACUCAAGACCAUAUUCAGGACUGUAACCUUUCAGCUGUCACAAACAGUCACUGAAGGAAAAUAAUGAAUCUCAUUCAUCUCUCAGCAAAAUCUCUGGCUCAUGUAGAAGGGAAUUUACUGCAUCACAUGCCUAUUUUUUUGUGUUUGUCUCAUCAGACCAGCAUCGUCAGUAUGGUCUACACUCAAUCUGAGAUCCUACAGAAGGAGGUCUACCUGUUCGAAAGAAUCGACUCACAGAAUCGAGAGAACAUGAAGCACCUCAAAGCCAUCUGCUUCCUCAGGCCAACCAAGGUGCCCCAGUCACUGUAUACACAUUGUAGUCAGCCUUUGCUCUGCAAGUAUGAAAAAAAUGUAUGCACUCACUAACUGUAAGUCGCUCUGGAUAAAAUCGUCUGCUAAAUUACUAAAAUGUAAAAUUAAAGGUCCAAUGCAUCUGUUUUUAUCUCCAUAUCAAAUAAUAUCUGGGUAACAAUUAAGUAACUUACUGUGAUUGUUUUCAAUGAAAAUGGAAAAAAAUAAUUUAAAAAAAUAGCUUCUUACCAUAUUCUCAAGCAGGGCAAUUUAUCAAGCAUGAAUUUUGCUUGGACUGUCUCAGUGGUCUGAGUGGGGAGGGGAAAACUGAAAAUGAGCUGUUAUUGGCAGAGAGGUUUGGAACUUUCUUAUUGGUCUAUUAACUAAUUUACUGCAUGAUGAUGUCACCAUGGAAGGCCAAAACUCCAUCCCACCAAAACAGACAGGUGGUCUUUUCAAACAGCUCUUACACUAAAUGGGAUCAUCAUCUUUUUCACAAUUUCACAGUAUUAUUCCAACCUCAUAGUGUGGAAACACAGGAAAAUCAUGUUUUUGACUGCACUGGGACUUUAAGACUUUGUAUUCUACACACUCUGUAUCUACUGGAUUGUGUCCAUCCACAACUGUAUGAAUGCAUAUUUCAACUGCUUCAUUGUACCUAUACCGAAUGUACACUGUGCAUAUUGCAUUGCAUCCACACACUAUGCACUAUUUGGAGGCAAAGGACUUUAGUCGUGGUCAGUUUUGGAUUUGUAUGACACCCCUGACUUUCUCUCUGCCCUCUUUAUAGGAGAAUGUGGAAAAUCUGAUACAGGAGCUCCGGCGACCCAAGUACAGUGUCUACUUCAUCUGUAAGGACUUCUGCACUCUUGUUCAAAUCAUAUGGUUCACUGUUCUGAUUCUUGUGCAUGUUUUUAGAUCAAAUACAGAUAACAAGGACUAAGAUUUUAUGUCCCUGGAUUGUUUAUAUGGUUUAGACCUAUAGACUCAAAAUUGAUUGCCCAUGCAUCAACAGUGAAUUUUGACAACUCAGCAAUUUCAUGGUGACGGCAGUUUCCCAUACAGAAAAAGUAUAUAUUGACACAUAUUUUAACUACAUGUAUGUAAAUUACAGAUAUCUCAAUAUUUAAAUAUUAUAUUAUAUUAUAAACCACAAUUGAGUUGUGUUAUAACAGGGGGGGGCAAACACUUUUUCACACAGGGCCAUGUAGCUUUGGAUUUUGUUUUCCCUUAAUAAUAACAACCUUCAUUUCAAAACUGCAUUUUGUGUUUACUUGUGUUAUCUGUGACUAAUAUUUAAAUUUGUUUGAUGAUCUGAAACAUUUAAGUGUGACAAACAUGCAAACAAAUAACAAAUCAGAAAUCAGGAAGGGGGCAAACACUUUUUCACACCACUGUACAUUAGAGUGUCUAGUUUGAGAAACAGACGCCUCACAGGUCCUCAACUGGCAGCUUCAUUAAAUAUUACCCGUAAAACACCAGUCUAAACAUCAACAGUGAAGCGGCGACUCCAGGAUGCUGAACUUUUAGGCAGAGUUGCAAAGAAAAAGCCAAAUCUCAGACUGGCCAAUAAAAAGAAAAGAUUAAGAUGGGCAGUCUGAAAAAUGGCUUUUUCUGUAUGGGUGACAUCCUCCUCAUAAUCCUUUCUAGACUUCAGCAACGUCAUCAGUAAGAGUGAGAUAAAAGCCCUGGCCGAGGCAGAUGAACAGGAGGUGGUCGCAGAAGUGCAGGUAAAUUAACACUAACGGCAGUACUAUAGGACAGGAUCCAUCAGUUAGGUACCCAACAUUUCUUUUGUUUUCUUUUGUACUAUUCUGGGCUUUUCUUUUUAUUGUUUUUUGGUAGAAUUAUGAUCCAUAGGUUUUUCCUACUAGUCCUAAAUCAAAAUGUAUCAUUUAUAUUUCUAGUUAUAACUACUUUACAGUACAUGUGGUAUUGUACUAGCCAGGUAAUAGUAUACAUGAGUAUGUGAUAUCCUUUGACAUUUAAACUGGAAACUAAUAACUCAAUUUCUCUCUCAUAUGACUGCAGGAGUUCUAUGGAGACUUCAUUGCUGUGAACCCACACCUUUUCUCCCUCAACCUCAGUGGUGUGGCAAAGGUAAGACAUGCAAAUAUGCCAUGACGCUUUGGAUAUGUGACAAUUUAUAAAGUGGUUCAUUAUUCAUCUGCAUUGAUUUUAGAUUAACGUUUUAUAUUUGUCUCUGCAUAUGUCAUACUCCCUCUGUAUUUUGGAUAUAUUUAAAGAGUGCAUUCAUAUCUCAUACUGUGUGUGUGUGUGUGGUGUGUGUAUUGCAGGGUCGUAGCUGGGAGCCGACUCUCUUGCCACGUACCACCCAGGGUCUGACCUCGGUGCUGCUGGCCCUGAGGAAAUGUCCCAUGAUCCGCUACCAGCUGUCCUCAGACAUGGCCAAGCGACUGGGAGAGAGCGUGAAGGUAUUAAUAUCACAUGCACACCUAUCACACGCACACACACGCGCAAUCUCACUACCCAUCUCCUCCCCCAGCAAAUCAUCACCAAGGAGUAUGAGCUGUUUGACUUCAGGAAGACAGAGGUGCCUCCUCUCCUGCUCAUCUUGGACCGCAGCGAUGACGCCAUCACCCCACUACUCAACCAGGUCAGAACUAAGAGUCAGGGUGAUGACGCCAUUAUCCCACUACUCAACCAGGUCAGAACUAAGAGUCAGGGUGAUGACGCCAUCAUCCCACUACUCAACCAGGUCAGAACUAAGAGUCAGGGUGAUGACACCAUCACCCCACUACUCAACCAGGUCAGAACUAAGAGUCAGGGUGAUGCUCCAAAACUAAGUGAAACUAAGUGUUAUCUGAAUUUAUUUUUGGGAACUAUUAGUCAGAAAAUGGGGUGGUGCACAAUUGGCCCAGCUACGUCCAGGGUAGGGGAGGGAAUGGCCGGCAGGGAUGUAGCUCAGUUGGUAGUGCAUGGCGUUUGUAACGCCAGGGUUGUGGGUUCGAUUCCCACGGGGGCCAGUAUGAAAAAAAUAAAAUACAAAUAAUGUAUGCACUCACUAACUGUAAGUCGCUCUGGAUAAGAGCGUCUGCUAAAUGACUAAAAUCUAAAAUACAUUUCUAAGAUAAUCUACCUAGAUAAUAUAUGUUUGGUAUACAUGUUUUCUAGCCUGGGACCAGACUGAGCAUUUUAUCAGUCGGGAACCCAGGCUACAUUUCUACAAAAAGAUAGGCAAUGACCAGGUCAUUAUAGUCAUACUACAUACAGUGGCUUGCGAAAUAAUUCACUCCCUUUGGCAUUUUUCCUAUUUUGUUGCCUUAUAACCUGGAAUUAAAAUGGAGUUUUGUAUCAUUUGAUUUACACAACAUGCCUACCACUUUGAAGAUGCAAAAUAUUAUUUUCUGGUGAAACAAACAAGAAAUAAGACAAAAGAACUGAAAACUUGAGUGUGCAUAACUAUUCACCCCCCUGAAAGUCAAUACUUUGGAGAGCCACUUUUUGCAGCAAUUACAGCUGCAAGUCUCAUGGGGUAUGUCUAUAUAAACUUGGCACAUCUAGCCACUGGGAUUUUUGCCCAUUCUUCAAGGCAAAACUGCUCCAGCUCCUUCAAGUUGGAUGGGUUCCGCUGGUGUACAGCAAUCCUUAAGUCAUACCACAGAUUCUCAAUUGAAUUGAGGUCUGGGCUUUGACUAGGCCAUUCCAAGACAUUUAAAUGUUUCCCCUUAAACCACUCGAGUGAUGCUUUAGCAGUAUGCUUAGGGUCAUUGUCCUGCUGGAAGGUGAACCACCGUCCCAGUCUCAAAUCUCUGGAAGACUGAAACAGGUUUCCCUCAAGAAUUUCCCUGUAUUUAGCGCCAUCCAUAAUGCCUUCAAUUCUGACCAGUUUCCCAGUCCCUGCCGAUGAAAAACAUCCCCACAGCAUGAUGCUGCCACCACCAUGCUUCACUGUGGGGAUGGUGUUCUCGGGGUGAUGAGAGGUGUUGGGUUUGCGCCAGACAUAGCGUUUUCCUUGAUGGCCAAAAAGCUCAAUUUUAGUCUCAUCUGACCAGAGUACCUUCUUCCAUAUGUUUGGGGAGUCUCCCACAUGCCUUUUGGCGAACACCAAACUUGUUUGCUUAUUUUUUUCUUUUAGCAAUGGCUUUUUUCUGGCCACUCUUCCGUAAAGCCCAGCUCUGUGGAGUGCAUGGCUUAAAGUGGUCCUUUGGACAGAUACUCCAAUCUCCGCUGUGGAGCUUUUCAGAUCCUUCAGGGUUAUCUUUGGUCUCUUUGUUGGCUCUCUGAUUAAUGCCCUCCUUGCCUGGUCCGUGAGUUUUGGUGGGUGGCCCUCUCUUGGCAGGUUUGUUGUGGUGCCAUAUUCAUUCAAUUUUUUAAUAAUAGAUUUAUUGGUGCUCCGUGGAAUGUUCAAAGUUUCUGAUAUUUUUUUAUAACCCAACCCUGAUCUGUACUUCUUCCACAGCUUUGGCCCUGACCUGUUUGGAGAGCUCCUUGGUCUUCAUGGUGCCGCUUGCUUGGUGGUGCCCCUUGCUUAGUGGUGUUGCAAACUCUGGGGCCUUUCAGAACAGGUGUAUAUAUAUACUUAGAUCAUGUGACAGAUCAUGUGACACUUAGAUUGCACACAGGUGGACUUUAUUUAACUAAUUGUGUGACUUCUGAAGGUAAUUGGUUGCACCAGAUCUUAUUUAGGGGCUUCAUAGCAAAGGGGGUGAAUACGUAUGCACGCACCAGUUUUCCGUUAUUUAUUUUUUAGUAUUUUUUUAAACAAGUUAUUUUUUUCAUUUCACUUCACCAAUUUGGACUAUUUUGUGUAUGUCCAUUACAUGAAAUCCAAAUAAAAAUCAAUUUAAAUUACAGGUUGUAAUGCAACAAAAUAGGAAAACCGCCAAGGGGGAUGAAUACAAGUCACAUACAGUAUAUUCACAUCAUUCUGAUGUGUACUGCAGCCUCUGAUCACUUGGGGGCAGCAGAGUCUUAUACUUACAUUUACCAAGCCUGCAACUUGUACUGUAAACUAGGUCAUGUACUCAAGGCCCUUUGUGUCACAGGUACAUUUGAGUCAUUUAGCAGACGCUCUUAUCCAGAGCGACUUACAGGAGCAAUUAGGGUUAAGUGCCUUGCUCAAGGGCACAUCGACAGAUUUUUCACCUAGUCGGCUCGGGGAUUAGAACCAGCGACCUUUCAGUUACUGGCACAACGCUCUUAACCACUAAGCUACCUGCCGCCCUAAUGCACCAAUCUUUAGCGCACAUUAGACAAGCUAAUGAAUUGGUAAAAACCACAUACACUCUUCAUCGCUGAAUGAAAUUAGAGAUGACCUUACCUUUAUUUUGUAGGUUUAAUUGUUUUGGUUUAAUUGUUUGUUGCCGUGCUCCCUCUAGUGGACGUACCAGGCCAUGGUGCACGAGCUGCUUGGCCUCAACAACAACCGCAUUGACCUGUCCCGAGUCCCAGGGAUCAGCAAGGACCUGAAGGAGGUGGUGCUGUCUGCAGAGAACGAUGAGUUCUAUGCCAAUGUGAGUCCCAGUCUCUAGGCCUGGUUCCAAUUCUGCACAAAAGUGCCCUUUGGCUUUGAAACGGUCCAAUUGGGCCGGCUGGCAUCUAGCCUAGAGAAGGGUUCCCCAACUGGCGACCCACGGGCCAAAUUUAUUUUCUUAAUGUUGGACAUAAAAAACACUAGUAUUUUAGCGGAAAGUGAUUUUAAUUUUGGAAAUCUGUUCCAAAGUAUUCCCAUGCAUAAUAGAGAGAUAUGUGAUCGUAUACAACUGUAAGCAAGGCUUGAAAUUAUUAUGUUUUAGUCAAAUGUUAUAUCUAUUUGGGCUUCUUGUGGUCAAUUUGCAGUACACACAUUUUUUUGAAAUUAUGUUCCGGCCCCCUGACCAUCCACUCAAGAAAAACUCGGUUUGCGGCUUAAUCGAGCUGAUGAUCCCUGGCCUAAAGGUUAGGACGGCUGGCCAGCAACCCUCUGUAAGAAGACUCUGAAGGAAAAAAUCUGAUGGAGUGUGUAGCGGCCGGUCAAUGAGGGAAGGUUAAAGAAUUCCAACAGGGCCAGACGUUGGCUGACAACUUCCAAUUCACUCUCACAUUCUCUUAUUCAGAAUCUAUACCUGAACUUUGGAGAGAUCGGCACAAACAUCAAGAACCUGAUGGAGGACUUUCAGAAGAAGAAGCCCAAGGAGCAACAGAAGCUGGAGUCCAUCUCUGAUAUGAAGGUGAGAGCUGGGCACUGUUGUCCCACAGGAACUCAAUUUCCCAGCAUGUCCUGUAGGAGUUGCUCAUUUAGGACCACUAACACAUCUCAGCCUGGUUAAUAACCACUCGCAAUUAGAGAAAUGAUCUCUUAAUUCCAAUAAUGAUACAAACUAUAAAUAAUUGCUGCAAGUUUAAGACACUCUUUCUGUUUUCUUUCUUUCUGUUUUUCUCUGCAGGCGUUUGUGGACAACUACCCCCAGUUCAAAAAGAUGUCGGGCACAGUGUCGAAGCACGUGACUGUGGUGGGCGAGCUGUCUCGCCUGGUGAGCGAGAGGCACCUGAUGGAGGUGUCAGAGGUGGAGCAGGAGCUGGCCUGCCAGAAUGACCACUCAAGUGCAUCACAGGUAAGACUCUGCUCUGGGGUUAAAGGGAUACUUCAGGAUUUUGGCAAUGAGGUCCUUUAUUUACUCUGUGUCCAGUAUGAAGGAAGUUAGAGUUAGGUUUGCCAACCAAUGCUAACUAGCGUUAGCGCAAUGACUGGAAGUCUAUGGGUAUCUGCUAGCAUGCAGAGACAUAAAAAUGGCAUCCACAAGUUCAUCUGACUCUGGUGAAGUGGAUAAAGGGCCUCAUUGACAAAAUCCUGAAGUAUCCCUUUAAGGCCAAUUUUCACAAUUCAUACAGUAAAAUUCAAUUUGAUUCAGGUAUUGACCUUAAUCACCAUUUAGGAAUUGUGAAUUCGCCUUUUAUUUCGAAUUACAGUGCAUUUGGAAAGUAUUCAGAACCCUUGACUUUUUCCACAUUUUGUUGCGUUACAGCCUUAUUCUAAAAUUGAUUAAAUCGUUUUUUCCCCUCAUCAAUCUACACACAAUACCCCAUAAUGACAAAGCAAAAACAGGUUUUUAGAAAUUUUUGCAAAUGUAUUAAAAAUAAAACACUGACAUGACAUUUCCAUAAGUAUUGAGACCCUUUACUCAGUACUUUGAAGCACCUUUGGCAGCGAUUACAGCCUCGAGUCUUCUUGGGUAUGAUGCUACAAGCUUGGCACACCUGUUUUUGGGGAGUUUCUCACAUUCUUCUUUGCAGAUCCUCUCAAGCUCUUUCAGGUUGGAUGGGGAGCGUCACUGCUCAGCUAUUUUCAGGUCUAUCCAGAGAUGUUCGAUCGGGUUCAAGUCCGGGCUCUGGCUGCGCCACUCAAGGACAUUCAGAGACUUGUCCCAAAGUCACUCAUGCGUUGUCUUGGCUGUGUGCUUAGGGUCGUUGUCCUGUUGAAAGGUGAACCUUCGCCUCAGUCUGAGGUCUGUUCAUCUUUCCCUCGAUCCUGACUAGUUUCCCUGCCGCUGAAAAACAUCUCCACAGCAUGAUGCUGCCACCACCAUGCUUCACCGUAGAGGUGGUGCCAGGAUUCCUCCAGACGUGACGCUUGACAUUCAGGCCAAAUAAUUCAAUCUUGGUUUCAUCAGACCAGGGAAUCUUGUUUCUCAUGGUCUGAGAGUCCUUUAGGUGCCUUUUGGCAAACUCCAAGCGGGCUGUCAUGUGCCUUUUACUGAGGAGUGGCUUCCAUCUGGCCACUCUACCAUAAAGGCCUGAUUGGUGGAGUGCUGCAGAGAUGGUUGUCCUUCUGGAAGGUUCUCCCAUCUCCACUGAGGAACUCGUGAGCUCUAUCAGAGUGACCAUUGGGUUCUUGGUCACCUCCCUGACCAAGGCCCUUCUCCCCCGAUUGCUCAGUUUGGCCGGGCGGCCAGCUCUAUGAAGAGUCUUGGUGGUUCCAAACUUCUUCCAUUUAAGAACGAUGGAGGCCACUGUGUUCUUCGGGACCUUCAAUGCCGCAGAAAUGUUUUGGUACCCUUCCCCAAAUCUGUGCCUCAACACAAUCCUGUCUCGGAGCUCUACGGACAAUUCCUUCGACCUCAUGGCUUGGUUUUUGCUCUGACAUGCACUGUCAACUAUGGGACAUUAUAUAGACAGGUGUGUGCCUUUCCAAAUAAUGUCCAAUCAAUUUAAUUUACCACAGGUGGACUCCAAUCAAGUUGUAGAAAUAUCUCAAGGAUGAUCAAUGGAAACAGGAUGCACCUGAGCUCAAUUUCGAGUCUCAUAGCAAAGGGUCUGACUACUUAUGUAAAUAAGGUAUUUCUGUUUUUAAUUUUUUUUAUAUUUGCAAACAUUUCUGAAAACCUGUUUUCGCUUUGUCAUUAUGGGGUAUUGUGUGUAGAUUGAUGAGGGGGAAAAAUCAUUUAAUCCAUUUUAGAAUAAGGCUGUAACGUAACAAAGUGGAAAAUGUGAAGGGGUCUGGAGACUUUCCGAAUGCACUGUAUUUUAUUUUUCAAUUUACCGGUAGGAAACACAUUUCUAUUAUUACCAAUAGAAUUUCCUGAAUUACCAAUAUAAUUUCCUGAAUUGGCUGUUGAAAUUAAUCAACACUCCAACCCAGCUCUGUAGUGACUUGGUGCCUGAGACUGACUAGAAUCACACUACUAGAUACUGUAUGUAGAUGAAACACAAGUCAAAUAUGAACCAGGCAGAGGCUAGACAUUGACCAGACACAGGCCUGAAAUAGACAUGACAUGUGGUAGUCAGGUAGACAAAGAGCAGGAACAAGACAGAACUGCCCAAUAUGUACAGUGAGGGAAAAAAGUAUUUGAUCCCCUGCUGAUUUUGUACGUUUGUCCACUGACAAAGAAAUGAUCAGUCUAUAAUUUUAAUGGUAGGUUUAUUUUAACAGUGAGAGACAGAAUAACAACAAAAACAUCCAGAAAAACGCAUGUCAAAAAUUUUAUAAAUUGGUUUGCAUUUUAAUGAGGGAAAUAAGUAUUUGACCCCCUCUCAAUCAGAAAGAUUUCUGGGUCCCAGGUGUCUUUUAUACAGGUAACGAGCUGAAAUUAGGAGCACACUCUUAAAGGGCGUGCUCCUAAUCUCAGCUUGUUACCUGUAUAAAAGACACCUGUCCACAGAAGCAAUCAAUCAAUCAGAUUCCAAACUCUCCACCAUGGCCAAGACCAAAGAGCUCUCCAAGGAUGUCAGGGACAAGAUUGUAGACCUACACAAGGCUGGAAUGGGCUUCAAGACCAUCGCCAAGCAGCUUGGUGAGAAGGUGACAACAGUUGGUGCGAUUAUUCGCAAACGGAAGAAACACAAAAUAACUGUCAAUCUCCCUCGGCCUGGGGCUCCAUGCAAGAUCUCACCUCGUGGAGUUGCAAUGAUCAUGAGAACAGUGAGGAAUCAGCCCAGAACUACACGGGAGGAUCUUGUCAAUGAUCUCAAGGCAGCUGGGACCAUAGUCACCAAGAAAACAAUUGGUAACACACUACGCCGUGAAGGACUGAAAUCCUGCAGCGCCUGCAAGGUCCCCCUGCUCAAGAAAGCACAUAUACAGGGCCGUCUGAAGUUUGCCAAUGAACAUCUGAAUGAUUCAGAGGAGAACUGGGUGAAAGUGUUGUGGACAGAUGAGACCAAAAUCGAGCUCUUUGGUAUCAACUCAACUCGCCGUGUUUGGAGAAGGAGGAAUGCUGCCUAUGACCCCAAGAACACCAUCCCCACCGUCAAACAUGGAGGUGGAAACAUUAUGCUUUGGGGGUGUUUUUCUGCUAAGGGGACAGGACAACUUCACCGCAUCAAAGGGACGAUGGACGGGGCCAUGUACCGUCAAAUCUUGGGUGAGAACCUCCUUCCCUCAGCCAGGGCAUUGAAAAUGGGUCGUGGAUGGGUAUUCUAGCAUGACAAUGACCCAAAACACACGGCCAAGGCAACAAAGGAGUGGCUCAAGAAGAAGCACAUUAAGUUCCUGGAGUGGCCUAGCCAGUCUCCAGACCUUAAUCCCAUAGAAAAUCUGUGGAGGGAGCUGAAGGUUCGAGUUGCCAAACGUCAGGCUCGAAACCUUAAUGACUUGGAGAAGAUCUGCAAAAAGGAGUGGAACAAAAUCCCUCCUGAGAUGUGUGCAAACCUGGUGGCCAACUACAAGAAACUUCUGACCUCUGUGAUUGCCAACAAGGGUUUUGCCACCAAGUACUAAGUCAUGUUUUGCAGAGGGGUCAAAUACUUAUUUCCCUCAUUAAAAUGCAAAUCAAUUUAUAACAUUUUUGACAUGCGUUUUUCUGGAUUUUGUUGUUGUUAUUCUGUCUCUCACUGUUCAAAUAAACCUACCAUUAAAAUUAUAGACUGAUCAUGUCUUUGUCAGUGGGCAAACGUACAAAUACUUUUUUCCCUCACUGUAAAUGUAGUAUCACUGUCAACAAUGCUUUAUUAUACCAUAACAUCAAUAGUUCACAUAAAAGCAUAAAAGAAUACACACAUUUUCUCUGUACUUUGUGUUGGUUGAGGAAGAAUACAGCCCACUGCUGUAUUGUAUAUUGACUUGGCCACUUAUAAUAAUAGUGACUUUCAGAAUUCACUAAAACACUGCACAUAGAAAUAAUAGUGAAGUAGCAUUGAAAAAGAAAUAAUUUAAGUCUGUAUUAAAGGCUAUGUAAAAUGUACUCCCUGUUUUUCCGCAGAACGUGCGUCGGCUGCUGCAGAACCCGCGGGUGAGCGAGCUGGACGCGGUGCGCCUGGUGAUGCUGUACGCACUGCGCUACGAGAGACACAGCAGCAGCAUCCUGCCGGGCCUCAUGGAGGAGCUCAACAGGAAGGGCGUGUCAGAGAGGCAUCGCAGGGUAAGGGAACAUUCUAUACUUUACCACUACCUGGCCCUUGGCAAUAUGAGGACUGUACCACUACCUGGCCCUUGGCAAUAUGAGGACUGUACCACUACCUGGCCCUUGGCAAUAUGAGGACUGUACCACCACCUGGCCCUUGGCAAUAUGAGGACUGUAUACUACCUGGCCUUUGGCAAUAUGAGGACUGUACCACUACCUGGCCCAUGGCAAUAUGAGGACUGUACCACUACCUGGCCUUUGGCAAUAUGAGGACUGUAUACUGUUGUUGUACUUAUAUUAUGUGGAGGAUGUUAUUAUUUUGGGAUUUGUCAAUGCCUCUGUGAGGAUAAAUAAAUAUACGUUCAACUCAACAAUGUACAUACAGUAUGCUUGAUGUAUCUGUCUCACCAAUCUAGACCAGGUUUGAAGAAUCAACGUAUGCCUUUAUCCUGUUUAACCGGCAUAUUUUACCUCAGAUGGUAACGUCCAUGGUGGAGUAUGGAGGGAAGAGGGUGAGAGGAAGUGACCUCAUCAACCCCCAAGAUGCAGUCGCCAUCACCAAACAGUUCUUCAAGGGGCUGAAGGUACACCAUUCUCUCCACAAUUUAGACAGAUACUCGCUGGAGUUGUGUCCAUCUCAACCAGAUUCUAAUAAAACACCUUUGUUUUGUGUGCGUGCGUGUCUCCAGGGAGUUGAGAAUGUGUACACGCAGCAUGCACCGUUACUGCAGGAGACCUUGGACCAGCUGAUCAAGGGGCGGCUGAAGGACAGUCAGUUCCCCUACUUAGGACCCAGCUCCCUUAGAGACAGGUAGGGUGAUGCACACACACACUUAAAGACACAACCUCAGACCCUACACCUGUAUAGCCAAACACACACACUUCUACACAAUGUUACUGAUACGUAAAAACACAUAUUCUGUGUGUAUGAGUACACAUAGGCCUACAGUUCAUCACCAUUAUUGGAUUACCCUAACCAGAUGCUAGCCUAUCAGUGAUAACCAUGUAUUUCCUCUUCAGGCCGCAGGAUAUCAUAGUCUUCGUCAUCGGAGGGGCCACCUAUGAGGAGGCGCUAGCAAUCUACAACCUGAACCGCAGCAUGCCUGGGGUUCGGAUCGUACUGGGCGGCACCACCAUCCACAACACCAAGAGGUCAGAAUCAUCAACCGCUCCUCGUGACCUAUUCAAAUUACAUCCAGACAUAGCCAUUAGACAUCCAUUAUUUGAUACCAGGUCAACACAUAUGAUAAAAAUGGCUUAACCCCCUAGGGUCAAUGUUCCCGCCCCGUGGAAAUCUAAUUAGCAUAAACCCCUGUCAAAAUCCAUAUUUUAAAGAUAGAGAUAUCUGUGUUUUGCAUGGGCUGCGUCUCAAUCCACUGCAUCCGCCAAUGGCGGCCUUCCACAUCUGCGGUGGAAGGUGGCCAAGCUACAGCUGUGUUUGUCAGACCAUGAGACAUCCCGAAAAUCGGUCUUCUCACGAAUACGUCUGUAGCGUCCGAACAGUUUGGCCUAACUAAUAUGACCACUCUAUGGACAGAUGAGACUCUCCCGAACAUGAUGGUGUUCUCCGUUUUCCUCUACGACCCCACAAGCGUCACGGGACUCGUCUGAAGUCGGUACAGCCAAUCUGUUAACGUCUGUCUGUAGCAUCCGAACAGUUUGGGCUACACACGAAUAUGACCCCUCUAUGGAAAGGUGAAACUUUCAUAAACAAGACUCAUCUGAAGGUAGCCCAGUACCAGUAAAACAUUUUUAUGGACGUAUAAACUGAGUGUACAGAACAUUAGGAACACCUUCCUAAUAUUGAGUUGCACCCCCUUUUGCCCUCAGAACAGCCUCAAUUCGUCGGGGCAUGGACUCUACAAGGUGUCAAUUGUUCCACAGGGAUGCUGGCCCAUGUUGACUCUGCCAGUGCUUCCCACAGAUGUGUCAAGUUGGCUGGAUGUCCUUUGGGUGGUGGACCAUUCUUGAUACACACGGGAAUCUGUUGAAAAUGAAAAACCCAGUAGCGUUGCAGUUCUUGACACAAACCGGUGCGCCUGAAACCUAAUGCCAUACCCUGUUCAAAGGCACUUUAAUCUUUUGUCUUGCCCAUUCACCCUCUGAAUGGCACACAUACACAAUCCAUGUCUCUUAAAAAUCCUUCUUUAACCUGUUUCCUCCCCUUCAUCUACACUGAUUGAAGUGGAUUUAAUAAGUGACAUCAAUAAGGGAUGAUAGCUUUCGCCUGGCUUCACCUGGUCAGUCUAUCCUAUUUGUAAGUCGCUCUGGAUAAGAGCGUCUGCUAAAUGACGUAAAUGUAAAUGUAAAUAUCAUGGAAAGAGCAGGUGUUCAUAAUGUUUUUUACACUCAGUGUAUAUGGAAGUAGUUUAGUGCCAAUUAUUUUGUUAAAUAUGGGUAAAAAAUAUUUAUAAUAAUUUCCUGAUCUUUCUUAUAUGUCUCAGAUAUAGGACAGACAAUUUAAAAUAAACGUCCUUUUGAUAAAACAUUUUACUAUAUUUGUUCCGAUGUAUACAUCUGUUAUUCAAUGCGUUUCUAUGGGCUAAUAGCAGUAAGGCCAAAGUCAAUGUUUCAUCAUAUAUAUAUAUAUAUAUAUAUAUAUAUAUAUAUAUAUAUAUAUAUAUAUAUAUAUAUAUAUAUAUAUAUAUAUUUUUUUUUUUUUUUUAAAUAUAUAUACCUAAAGGGGUCCUAAAAUUCAAAAUCAAAUAGCUAAAUUAUCCUUGGUAUGACCAUCUUAAAACAAUUCCAUAUUUUAGUUUAGUAGAAUUGAGUCCGGAUCUUUUAAGACUGAGGCCAAGAUACAGUGUAGAGAGACAGUGACAGGACUAAGACCAGUUUACAGCAAAUGUGAUCUCCGCAAACAUCAGGGAAAUUGCCAUUAAAGGUCAAUUGUUGAGUGCAGGCUAUUCAUCUGUGUUUGAUUAAAUUCUAACCUUACUCUAGGUUGGGGAAACAACCGUGGCAAAUUGUCAAGUGUUGUUUUGCAAUCGGCUUAGACGGCCACAGGUGUUUGGAAUCUUUGACUUGGUGGUCCUUAUUUGUUUUUUGUUCAGCUUAUCGCGCACACGCUCACUCACCAAAGCUCUCUCCCAUUCUUUCCCAUGCUUGCUAUGAUAAGGCCAUUUCCGAGAGACAAAUGUGAAUGACAUCAUCGUUCAUUAGUGGUCAUUCUGUCAGUUUCAUGCACAUGUUAAUAUGACCGAGCUUCUCCAGGACAUUUAGGCCUGGACACAGCCUACUGAAGCUCACAACAUAUCCAUUUGUCUGGCAUUACCAAUGUUGCAACUGAGGACAGAUGAUUUUUACGCACUUCAGCACUCGGCAGUCCCGUUCUGUGAGCUUGUGUUGCCUACGACUUCGCGGCUGAGCCGUUGUUGCUCAUAGACGUUUCCACUUCAAAAUAACAGCAUUUACAGUUGACCGGGGCAGCUCUAGCAGGGCAGAAAUUUGACGAACUGACUUGUUGGAAAGGUGGCAUCCUAUGACAGUGCCAUGUUUAAAGUCACUGAGCUCUUCAGUAAGGCCAUUCUACUGCCAAUGUUUGUCUAUGGAGAUUGCAUGGCUGUGUGCUCGAUUUUAUACACCUGUCAGCAACGGGUGUGGCUGAAAUAGCCGAAUCCACUAAUUUGAAGGGGUGUCCACAUACCUUUGUAUGUACAGUGUAGGUUAUAAGUAGGCCUUUUAUAAAAUAAAUAUUAUUAGCCUAUUGCUGUCAUUUAUUGGGGACUGUAGGCACUAGCCUUUCUUGGUAAUUGCUGCAAUAUAGCCUGUUCAAAACUUUUUGUGAAGGUUUAAAACAGUUCAUAAGUGUUUUGUUUCAUUCUGUUGAGCCAUUUUCUUUGGCCAAAUUAAGUUCCAACUGUAAUGUUGUGUUUGCCGUGAUAUAAUAUCCUGCUCAUGCUUGACUUUUGAUAUUACCCUAAUAAAGUUUAGAAACUUUUGUGAAGGUUUGGUGUGGUAUGGCUAUUAGCCUAUUAUACUGCAGGCCUAUGAUGUGAAGUCAGCGCUCCAACUGACUGACAGUUGAACUUGAGUUGAGGAAGAAUGUUUUAGGCCUACCAGAGUUACUCCUAUAAUCUAACAAUAUAAUGCUUAUCUUUAUUUAAAAAUAUUCUGAUAGAAAAAUAAUGAAUUAGCCUCCUUCUGUAAUAGCAGAUGCAGACGCCUAUCUGACAAGGAUAAAGAAAUGCAUGUUGGUGUCGUAGCAUAUCUCAAUCUCUCUCUCUCUCUGGGGCUAGGUCUAAGCCUAAGCUUCUCUUCCUUUCAUAUAUAUAUAUUUUUUAUAUUAAUAUCAUACAGUGGACGCCUAAGCCUAUAGGCCUGUGCAUGCAAUGCCCUGUUGCAUUUCAUUCUAAAAUCUCUGACAGCUGAACUGUGAGGUGGACAAUUAUUGUUUUAGGAAAGUAAAAUCCAAGAAAACAAUAAGCUAUAAAGUUUUGCAUAUGCUGUUUUUAAUGACAUGUAAAUGUCGCUCAUUUGGCCAAUAUCCCUGAUUUAUUGAUAGCACUGGCUGCAUGGGUGAACACACUAAUGCAGGGAUCAUCAACUCGAUUAAGACAAGGGCCAAUUUUCUUGAGCGGAUGGUCGGGAGGCCAGAACAUAAUUACAAAUCAUUUGUAGACUGCAAAUUGACUGUUUUUACAGUCUAUUAUGUCCAACAAUGAAAAAAAAAAUAUAUAUAUAUACAGUACCAGUCAAAAGUUUGGACACACCUACUCAUUCAAGGGUUUUUCAUCACCAGUGAUGGCCGAUGGGCUCGUGCCAAUAUCUCAUGAUAAGCUAUUUUGAAAAACAGUGCUGUUCGCUCAAAAGUUGAGAGAAAUUGUUUUAGCUUCUACAGACAGAUUACUCUUCUAUUUUCAGCAGUAGGCAUUUGCUUUCCAAACGGUAGGCCUACGCUUUUCUCGCGCUUUACACUGGGCCCCGUGUAGCUCAGUUGGUAGAGCAUGGCGUUUGCAACGCCAGGGUUGUGGGUUCGAUUCCCACGGGGGGCCAGUAUGAAAAAAUAAAAACUAAUUAAUUCUAAAUAAAAAGCUGAAAUGUCUUGAGUCAAUAAAGAUUUAACCCCUUUGUUAUGGCAAGCAUAAAAAAGUUCAGGACAAAAAAUUUGUUUAACAAGUCACAUAAGUUGCAUGGACUGAUUUUUUUUUUUUGACUACCUCAUCUCUAUACCCCACACAUACAAUUAUCUGCAAGGUCCCUCAGUCAGCAGUGAAUUUCAAACACAGAUUCAACCACAAAGACCAGGGAGGUUUUCCAUUGGCUCGCAAAGAAGGGCACCUAUUGGAAGAUGGGUAAACAUUUAAAAAAGCAGACAUUGAAUAUCCCUUUGAGCAUGUUGAAGUUACUAAUUACACUUUGGAUGGUGUAUCAAUAUACCCAGUCACUACAAAGAUACAGGUGUCCUUCCUAACUCAGUUGCCGGAGAGGCAGGAAACCACUCAGGGAUUUCACCAUGAAGCCAAUGGUGACUUUAAAAAAGUUACAGAGUUUAAUGGCUGUGAUAGGAGAAAACUGAGGAUGGAUCAACAACAUUUUAGUUACUCCACAAUACUAACCUAAUUGACGGAGUGAAAAGAAGGAAGCCUGUACAGAAUAAAAAAUAUUCCAAAACAUGCAUCCUGUUUGCAACAAGGCACUAAAGUAAAACUGCAAAAAAUGUGGCAAAGCAAUUCACUUUUUGUCCUGAAUACAAAGUUUUAUAUUUGGGGCAAAUUCAAUACAACACAUUACUGAGUACCGCUCUCCAUAUUUUCAAGCAUAGUGUUGGCUGCAUCAUGUUAUGGGUAUGCUUGUAAUCGUCAAGGACCGGGGAAUUUUUCAAGAUAAAAAAACUAAACAGAAUGGAGCUAAUCACAGGCAAAAUCCUAGAGGAAAACCUGGUUCAGUCUGCUUUCCACCAGACACUGGGAGAUUAAUUCACCUUUCAGCAGGACAAUAACCUAAAACACAAGACCAAAUCUACACUGGAGAUGCAUACCAAGACGACAUUGAUUGUCCCUGAGUGGCCGAGUUACAGUUUUGACUUAAAUCAUCUUGAAAGUCUAUGGCAAGACCUGAAAAUGGUUGUCUAGCAAUGAUCAACAACCAACUUGACAGAGCUUGAAGAAUUUUGAAAAGAAUAAUGGGCAAAUGUUUCACAAUCCAGGUGUGGAAAGCUCUUAGAGACUUACCCAGAAAGACUCACAUCUGUAAUUGCUGCCAAAGGUGCUUCUACAAAGUAUUGACUCAGGGGUGUGAAUACUUAUGUAAAUGUAAUAUCUCUGUAUUUCAUUUUCAAUACAUUUGGAACAUUAAGCUAGCCAAGACCAACAACACAAACAAUCAGACUAUACAGCUCCAAGUAGUGAGUGGAGUUACAAAUGGACUAUAGCCUACUAAAUAAGUUAAAUGUCUUACCUGUGAUUAAAUGUUUUCCACACACAUAGCUACGUGUAGCCUACUUAGACAACAGGUCUCCACAUUUCUCACGCCGAAUAGCCUGAAGCCACUGUGCGCUUCUCUCAGGCUCUAUUUCCCUACGUGGGAGCAUUGCGAACCGUAGGUCGGGAUUUCUGAGCUGGUUACAUGUACAUUGAACAACACAGCAGCUUUUUUUUAAACAUAUUUUGUUAUUUCUGUUUAACAAAAAAUCGACAACGAGGUUGGAAAAUAAUGUUUGCUUUCCCUAAUUUGUGGGCGUGGUCGAGGGGAAUUCCUUCUUAUGAUGUGAAUAUCGACUCUCAGUGUUCUGUUCUGUAUAUACAGUGUAGGCCACAUUUGUAUUACAUUUUUCUGAAAUGACUUCACUAAUGUUAGUGAAGUCGACUAAAGAGUAAUUCAGCUUGCAUACCUUCCUCUUUUGAACCUUAGUUGUUCUUUGUGUUGAUUUGUGUUGUGUGAAGAUGAAAAAGCAAUUCUUGCUUGACUCCCUCUCUGUCUCUCUCUGUCUAUUUCUCUCUUUCUGUCUGUUUGCUGAAUGAAGAUUCUCUCUCUCAGCCUCUCCCCCUCUCCCUUCACCUCUCCUGCAACAUGAUCUCUCUCUUUCCCUCUAUCUCUCUUUCUUUCUUUAUCUCUCUGUCUGACUGACUGUGUUGGCUGAAUAAAUAAUUGUUUCUUUCUAUCUAUCUAUCUUUCUCUCUCUCAGGCUGAGCUGAAUAGAACAUUGUGUGAUUACAUAACACAGGAGAUGGUGCUCAGGAGAUGCGUCAGCGCUCUUUUUGUGAUGCCCCUUCUGACACUCCUGUGUGGGAUCACCCCUCUUCUCUUUAAUCACGGGGUCUGGACACACACACACCCACACACACACACACAGAUGUCAAACCAUACAUUUCUCUCCCGGUUAUAUGACAACUUAGUGCUCCUCGUCAAUGUUUUAUGAAAUUACAACCUGAGCAGGCUGAGAUUGACCAGGUCUUACAUGAGAAGUGAUUUAGCCAAGAGAGACCAACGGUCCCUGUUUGCAGUGCUGUUACAUCACCCGGGUUGCUAAGCGGCACCUACAGUGCACAAAGUAUUCAGACCCCUGGACUUUUUCCACAUUUUGUUACGUUACAGCCUUAUUCUAAAAUGGAUUAAAUAAACAAAAAUCUUCAUCAAUCUACACACAAUACCCCAUAAUGACAAAGUUAAAACAGGUUUUCAGAAAUGUUUGCAAAUAUAUAAAAAAUUAAAAACAGAAAUACCUUAUUUACAUAAGUAUUCAGACCCUUUGCUAUGAGAUUCGAAAUUGAGCUCAGGUGCUUCCUGUUUCCAUUGAUCAUCCUUGAGAUGUUUCUACAACUUGAUUGGAGUCCACCUGUGGUAAAUUCAAUUGUUUGGACAUGAUUUGGAAAGGCACACACCUGUCUAUAUAAGGUCCCACAGUUGACAGUGCAUGUUAGAGCAAAAACCAAGGCUUGAGGUCGAAGGAAUUGUCCAUGGAGCUCUGAGACAGGAUUGUGUCGAGGCACAGAUCUGGGGAAGGGUACCAAAAAAUGUCUGCAGCAUUGAAGGUCCCCAAGAACAGUGGCCUCCAUCAUUCUUAAAUGGAAGACGUUUGGAACCACCAAGACUCUUCCUAGAGCUGGCCACCCGGCCAAACUGAGCAAUCGGCGGAGAAGGGCCUUGGUCAGCGAGGUUACCAAGAACCUGAUGGUCACUCUGACAGAGCUCCAGAGUUCCUUUGUGGAGAUGGGAGAACCUUCCAGAAGGACAACCAUCUCUGCAGCACUCCACCAAUCAGGCCUUUAUGGUAGAGUGGCCAGACGGAAGCCACUCCUCAGUAAAAGGCACAUGACAGCUCACUUGGAGUUUGCCAAAAGGCACCUAAAGACUCUCAGACCAUGAGAAACAAGAUUCUCUGAUCUGAUGAAACCAAGAUUGAACUCUUUGGCUUGAAUGCCAAGCGUCACGUUUGGAGGAAACCUGGCAUGUUUGGAGGAAACCUACGGUGAAGCAUGGUUGUGGCAGCAUCAUGCUGUGGGGAUGUUUUUCAGCGGCAGGGACUGGGAGACUAGUCAUGAUCGAGAGAAAGAUGAACGGAGCAAAGUAUAGAGAGAUCUUUGAUGAAAACCUGCUCCAGAGCGCUCAGGACCUCAGACUGGGGCGAAGGUUCACCUCCAACAGGACAACGACCCUAAGCACACAGCCAAGACAACACAGGAGUGACUUCGGGACAAGUCUCUGAAUGUCCUUGAGUGGCCCAGCCAGAGCCCAGACUUGAACCCGAUCACUGCCAAAGGUGCUUCAUCAAAGUACUGAGUAAAGGGUCAGAAUACUUAUGUAAAUGUAAUAUUUCAGUCGUUUUUUUUUGUUGUGCAAAAAUGUCUAAAAACCUGUUUUUGCUUUAUCAUUAUGGGGCAUUUUGUGUAGAUUGCUGAGGGGAAAAAUCAAUUUAAUCAAUUUUAGAAUAAGGCUGUAACGUUACAAAAUGUGAAAAAGCUCAAGGGUUCUGAAUACUUUCCGAAUGCGCUGUAUGUGCUGAGUGAUGAUACUCCUUGGCCACGUCUUUGACAUUUAUAGUGGAGCGCUUGCUGAUGCAACUCAGAUGAAGUGUCUCUCGCACUGGGUUCUGUAACACCAUCUUACACUUUCUACCUCUGGGAAUUGAACUUGCAACCGUCUUCUCUGGUCCUGAGGCGUUUCAUGUUGUACUGCAGCACUCACUGUUGUGCUGUUAAAGGUAAUGGGUGCACCUGUGUUGUGAGGUUUAUUUUUAAGCAUGCCGUUGCUGUCCCAUGCUAGUGAAAUGCUGAUUCUCGCUAUAUGUGAGUUGUUUACAUUUUAGUGUCUUGAUGUUGUGUCUGUCACAAGCAGGCUUGUUUAUAUAAGCUGAUGUUGACAUGCUCAUUUUUCAGUUCUAUGGUGCUAGCUGUAUUUUCAUUGUUAAGUUUUCCAAGAUUCAAAAUUCUGCCAGUUUAUAGUUUAGCUCUUAGGGCAGAUUCUAGGUAUCCUAGAUAGAUGCCAUCUAGAUGCCAUCUCCUGCCGAUGUGACAUUGAGUAAGGCACUUAACCCAUAGGUUGAAGAGGGGGUCAGGGCAAGGUGUUGCCCUCCUGCCUGGCUGACCCUGGCUUCCAACUCUUCUGGGUGUUUGUCUGUUGCUUGGGAGGUUGGGUUAAAGCGAAAAAAGCUUGAUCUGAAAAUAACUAUGCACAUUGAAGUACUUUUCUUCUUCUAACAUCUACUUGCACAUGAUUUAGCCACACAAAGACACAGUAAACCCCCUUGGGGGAUUUGUCCAGGCCACCCUGUACUGCUGUGUGCUGCCUCAGUGGGCCAAAAGCUGGAGAUAUAUGCCUACCAAUGAUGUACCACUACCAUUGUCACCGCAGGGGUUGGUAUCUCCCUUUGAAACCAGGAUUGGUAUUGAACUCUAAUAUGGCUGAUUGAAUGAGACCCUAUCAGGGCAGCUUUGUUUCGCAAAGCAGUUUUUGACCUGAGGGUUGUAGGUUCAAUACCAUGUUGCUCUCUUGUGCCUUUUGAACUUUAACCUCAGGAUUAUUAUAAUAUUUUAUUUUUUUGUGUAGUUGGGUGGAUAGUAGGCUAUCUGACCUAGGACCUAGACCAUGUGUUUAAUCACUCAUUGAUAUAGGCUAGUCACCCAGAGCAGGCUGCGUGAAUGGAAACCCUCUAAAAACAGAUGAGCAUGAACAUCGGCAAAUGUCACACUGGUAUCGCUGAUAUAUCACUACAAUACUUUGUAAUUACUGCUCUAUCAAAAGUCAAAAUGACGUUCUUUCCUUGGCAGAGGACUGUAAGAGAGACAAGACGGCUGCUCUUUAGAACCUUGCCUUUCAGAGUGAAAGGAAGCCUAAAUGUCUCUCAUGUCGUUUGCAAUGACACCUUGAAAUGUCUUUGCUUGAUCAACUAACAGAAAUAGGUAUUUUGACAUUUCUCUAGUGGGUCUCUUUUAUUUUUCUAUGUCUCAGCCCUAUCCUUGCUUUAUAGACCGGAACCCUAGUGACAUACACUGACACAAUUAUUGUGUAGGGGUGUGUGUAUAUCAUAGAGCUGGAACUGAGGUAAUCGUGUCUGUCACGUGGGCUUCUGUUUUCAGAUGAAAAUGUAUUUUGUGAGUCACAGAGAUGUUGAUGUACCGGUAGUACUGCUCAUGCUUCUCUCAGCUCGUGAGGAACUAACGGAAUGAUAUGAUGUCCCUUUUCUGCCCUCUCUCACAGCUUCCUGGAGGAAGUGACAUUGACGGCGGGUGCAGGCCAGGCCGAGAGGGUGCAGAGGGCGGGUGGUCAUCCCAACAGACGCUGAAUGUUUGUUGUCACACACACACACACCACAGACUCUCACUAUACCUUGUGUCCGUUCCUUAUUGGUAUCAGUAGCACAUGCUUUAAUUCAUGGAUGCGUCCCUAAAAACAUUCCGGUGCUCUCAGCUGUCACCACCACACAGCUGGACUCUUUAUCGACCCCUUAAAAACUUGUUGUAACUGGGUCAAUUGACUCCAUACAAAUGAAUAUGUAACCCAAUUAGACAGCCAGGUUACCUAACCCUGGGCACCAAAGCAAUCUGUUCCCCACUUAACUAGGUUACCCAGUGAUUGAUUUGUGACUGAACGGAGCACAACACUCUCAAUGUUAGUGUCCAACAUUUGAACCUAUUGCAACGUCACAUUUCCCCUUAAAUUGAAUUAAGUGGAAAACUCCAGUCUGCUCUUAUAUUAGACCCUUAUUUAAUUCCUGAAAACAGAGGUGGCACAAAGACUUUUGAGUCUUGUUUAUCUUAAAAGUUAAUAUAUGGUCCCAAAAAUGCAAAACAUUUCUCUCUAAGAUUACAUUAUGUACAGUGUAUGUUUUUCUUCCUUGCCUAUGUACAUUUCCCAUUGCUAUAUACAUGUCGUCCAAACCUACUGAAUUUGAAAUGACUGUGAAUAUUGUAAGGAAAAUACCAAUAAAGAGUGAAA